CGUGGGGAAGAGCGAGGGGGAGGCGGCGGCGGCGAUGGAAGGAGCGGCGGCGGCCGGAGGGAGCGCUGUGUCCCGGCCAGGCCUCGCGUUUGAGCUGAGGAUCCCUUUCCCAUCAUCAUCAUUGGCUCAGAUUGCGCUGGGCUCCCUGGCCCCUGACCCUGAGCCCCGCAAAGAAGGGAUCAGCAAGGAACUGGACGUGACGGACGACAUCUUGCAUGUUCGAUGGAGAGCAGAUGAAGCCCGGAUUCUGCGUGUGUCCAUCAGCUCCUUCCUGGAGCAUCUCUCCUUGGUGGUGGAAACUAUGGACCUGUUUGGGCCUCCUGUGGCUUGAUAGCUGGUUGCAACAGGAAGCUUCCCCAUAGUCUUGGCUGGACUCUGGACUUGCCCAUGGGCUACUGAUGUCAGAGGAGGCACUGAACAUGCCAUCCUUAGAGCCAAGAUGUUGCUUUGUGUUCAGGAGCCAGCAGGGAACUCUUUCCUCUCGGAUACUCUUGGACAUUGAUAGAUUUUGGGUCAAGGGCGUACCCGCCAUGGGGCACGUUAGGGCAGCUGCCCUACUCUAGAAGCCAGCUGCCCCCCCCAAGCUAAAAAGAAAGAAGAAAUCUCAAUGCAAAAAGCGGGGCGCGUGGCCCCAGCCAGAAAGAAACAGACCAGCCCUCCCCCCUUUCCCCUUUCCCCUUUCCAGAACCCAUCGCACUUUCUCCUCUCCCCCUCCCACUAUCGAGCUGCAAAAGCGGUGGGGUGUAAACGUAAGAGACGGAGGGAUCCUCGCUUGUUCUCCCCACCCCACCCCGACCACCCCCACCAAGAAGUCACUUCUUUGUAGUUUUCUCCCCUGCAGCAGGAGAAACAGACACUCCCCCAAUUCAAAAUACAGUCAGUCAGCAGCAGCAAACGCACACACGCGCGCGCGCACACACACACACUGCAGGCUCCUUCAACCCUUCCAAGAUCCUCCCUCCCCCCACUUUCUCCCCGGAUCGAGGCACUCACACUCACUUUUCUGGCUGGGUGCAUUGAUGUCUAUGCAGAGCAGCUGCAGGGGCAGCUCAGCCAGGGACAGUGGCUGCGGAGCCAGCCCAGGAGGCACAGUGGGGAGCCGGGUGGGAAUCAGAGGAGGAGGAGGCUGAGCCGUCUGCGCUCGGGGCAGAAACAGUGCACCCGGGGGAUGGGGCGAGCUGCCCAGAGGGGCGACCAGUGCCGUGGGCAGGGGGGCAGGAGGGGGCAAUUGCCCCCCCUAGAAGCAAAAGGCUAAGGGGCGCAGCAUGGCAGCCCCAGGCUCCGGCUCCCAGCGCAAAGCUCCAGAGGCGCGAGGGGAGCGUAAGCGGAGGAGCGCUAAGCAGGAGCGGGGAUUGUAAGUGGAGGAGGCAGCCACAGGCUUGCGUUCCCCGCGCACCUCUGGAGCUUCGCGCCGGGAAUGGGAGCUUGGGGCCGCCUCCUCGGAAGACCUGGGAGGCGCGGAAGAGGCAGCCCCAGGCUUGCGUUCCCCCCGCGCCUCUGGAGCUUCGCGCCGGGAACAAGAGCCUGGGGCUGCCUCCUCAGAAGAGCUGGGAGGACGCAGGCCAUGUAGCCCCGCCCACAUUCCCACUGUGGCCCCUCCCCUCCCACCCCUUGCCCCCGCCCCUUGCCCACCCCUAAUUUUGAUCCUGGGUACGCCCCUGUUUUGGGUGCUGAGAAGCAGGCAAGCCUGGGACUGCCUUGAUGGAAGACAAAGUACAUAGAAUCUGGUGCUCUAAUAAAUUAUCCAGUGUACUUUA